CUGGCGCCUUUAAGGAGGCGAAGCCAGCGGAGGGAGGAGCUGGCCCAGGUGUGUGCAGGAGAGCGCCUCGCCGGCGGUACUCGGGGCUGGAGUCCAGGGCGGCAGAGCGGAGCAGUUGCUCGCCACCCGGCCCGGCCCACUCGCCCGCCUCGCCACUGGCUUCGCCUCUCUGCCCUCCGCUUGGGCUGUAUCUUCACCGCAGAGGUGCGGCAUGGGCGGCCACCGCAGGGGUGUACGUUUCCCCCACUGACUGCUCCUGCACGAGACCCCAGCCCGCAGCCUCCUCUACGCGCACCGCCUCGACAGUCAUCCUCGGACCCGCAGGAACUCCCAAACAGUUGCCACCACCCGAGCCUCCGAGCCACCUCUGGACCCCCUGAUCUCUUGGCACCAGAACUUCAAGGACCCUCUGGCCCGUGCCCCGCAGGAGCCGUCGGUGGACGCCGCGCUCCAGACCCCGAAGUCCCCUGCUCUCAGUGCUCUCCGUGCCAGCCGCGAAGCCCCGGCAGAGUCGGCUCUCGGGGUUCGGGAUCUGGGGCCGGCGCGGCCGUCCGCAGCUGCAGACGACGGGGGGUACGGGGGACCGCGGCGCCAUGACAGCCGAGAGCGCGCCGCCGCCCCCGCCGCAGCCCGAGGCGCUGGCGGCCGUGAAGGAAGAGCGCGGUGAGGCGGCGGCGGGCGCGGGGGUCCCGGCGGAGGUGGCGGGUCGCGGCGCCGGAGGACGGCGACGCAAGCGCCCCCUGCAGCGGGGGAAGCCGCCGUACAGCUACAUCGCACUCAUCGCGAUGGCUAUCGCGCACGCGCCCGAGCGCCGCCUGACUCUGGGCGGCAUCUACAAGUUCAUCACCGAGCGCUUCCCGUUCUACCGCGACAACCCCAAGAAGUGGCAGAACAGCAUCCGCCACAACCUCACCCUCAACGACUGCUUCCUCAAGAUCCCGCGCGAGGCGGGCCGCCCGGGCAAAGGCAACUACUGGGCGCUCGACCCCAACGCCGAGGACAUGUUCGAGAGCGGCAGCUUCCUGCGCCGGCGCAAGCGCUUCAAGCGCUCGGACCUGUCCACCUACCCGGCGUACAUGCAUGAUGCAGCCGCUGCUGCCGCCGCCGCCGCCGCCGCCAUCUUCCCGGGUGCCGUGCCUGCCGCGAGGCCGGCCUACCCGGGAGCCGUCUAUGCGGGCUACGCGCCGCCGCUCGCCGCACCCCCGCCGGUCUACUACCCCGCAGCGUCGCCCGGGCCCUGCCGGGUCUUCGGCUUGGUUCCCGAGCGGCCGCUCAGCCCGGAUCUGGGCCCCGCACCAUCAGCAGCCGGAGGUUCGUGCGCCUUCGCGGCUGCGGCGGGCGCGCCGGGCACAGGGAGCUUCCAGCCCGCGGUAUGCACGGGCGCGCGGCCGGUCAACCCGGCUGCCUAUGCCGCUGCCUACGCGGGCCCCGACGGCGCGUACCCGCAAGGGGCGAGCAGCGCGCUCUUCGCCGCUGCUGCGGGCCGUCUGGCCGGACCCACUUCGCCCACCGCGGGAGGAGGCAGCGGCGGCGUGGAGGCCACGGUGGACUUCUACGGGCGCACGUCUCCUGGCCAGUUCGGAGCGGCGCUGGGGCCCUGCUAUAAUCCCAGUGGGCAACUCGGAGCCGGUGGUGGAGGUGCCUAUCACUCCCGCCACGCCACCGCCUACCCCGGCGCGGUGGAUCGGUUCGUGUCUGCCAUGUGAGCCGGGGGUAGGCACAAAACCUCACUGACUCCGGCACGUUCUGAAAGAUGUAAAUCCCCCGGGACCGGUGGACAGGACUAAAAGUGUAUCGGACUGAGACUCACGAGUGUGCGAGGGCUCCGAGGGUCGCGGAGGCUCGGUGUCUUGCCCUGUUCACAGACCGGAUUUGCUUUGGACGUGGGCGGACGUAGGGAGGCCAUAGCCACGUUUGGGCUGACACAGGGGACCCUCGAUGAUGCGAAGCUCCAAAGAGCAUGCCUUUCCGCCAUUCUACUAGGGAGAGCCCUAGGCUGUAAAGGGUGGAGUGUUGCGUCGUUGCCCACACCAGAAUCUAGAAUCCUGAACUGUGGUGGAGUCGUAUGGCUUCAGCGUGUGCUAUGCUGGGCUAAACUCGGGCUUUUUACACGUUCGCCUCUUAACUUUUGACUACCGUACCCCAAAUAAAAGGCUCGGACAGUGCCUUUAUAAUUAAAGUGAGAGCAAGUUUGCAAAAAGAGUUGCUUUUUAAAAAUUAGUUCGGUUCAGCUGGAUUAGUUUUCCCUGCCUCUGAGAGUCACAAGCCUGGGUCGCAAUCGUAACUGAGAAUUCCUCGGUGUGAUCCAGCCCUAACACCUGAAUUUUGAGUCUGUCUGUUAUACAGAACUGUGCGAUUCCGCCGUCUCAUUUUUAAACCCCCUCCCAUUAUCUUGGGUGCCAACCUUCCAUAUUUGGCAGCAUUGGUCAACCACCUAGGGCUUCCCAGUAGCCAUGACAGAAGGCCAUCCAGGAAUGGGAACAGAACAUUGGCAAGUAUUUAACCCAAAGUCCCAGGACUGGCUCCAAGUAGAGAUUGUGCCUUAAUUAUUGAUUUUUUUGUUGUUGUUGUUGUUUUGAGAGAGAGAGAGAGAUUGGUCAUUCCGCAGCAGUGACUACCCAGUCAAAAAUCUGAUUUUCUGAUAAGAAUGUAGGUGGGGAGACUUUCCUUAACUGGGUCUGUCUGUUCUGUUUCCUGUGCGCUCCUUCUUCGGCGCCCUCCUCGAACAAAAAGGAAAAGUAAUAAAUUAGAUGGUUAACAAAGAGAUCUUUUUUUAAUUUUUUAUUUCAUUCUGUAUCUUGUUUGUUUU